AUGGAUGUCGAGGACAUCUUCUUCGUUAUCUUUUCCCCGGCGGACAACGCCACUGACUCUGGCUGGGUCACAACCCCGGGCAGCGAGUCGUUCGACCCUGCCACUGGCUAUCGCACCUCCUCUCACUACGGGGCCAAUCGUCGGGUUGCGUCCCCCCGGUUUGCCGAACUUAGGACUCCGGUGAUUCCCCCCGGCUAUCAGCAGAUCCCAGGGUACGAAACACAUCGUCAGCGACAGGAAGCUCGCGCACGCAUGGGCUCGAUUGCGGAGCGCCGGGGUAGGCUUACCCCCGCCCCAGUUCUGCUUCUUGACGUGCCGUGUCUUUUCCUGCGGCUGUAA